CAAUCAUCAUGUCACAAAUUACUCUUAACUUUGGUUUAGUUGGCUUAGGCGGUAUCACUGAAACUUUCGCAAAAGAUAUUCUCGCAGAUCCAAAAGAAAGAGGCGUCUCAGAUGUUAAGCACAACUUGGUAGCAGUUGGUUCAUCAUCAGCUAAGAAAGCAGAUGAAUUCUUACAAAGAGUCGGCGCACCAUCAUCAGCUAAAGGUUACGGUAGCUAUGAAGGUGUAUACACCGAUAGCAACGUUCAAAUAGUCUACAUUGGUACACCACAUUCACAUCACUACCACAACGCAAAGGAUGCAUUAUCAAAUGGAAAGCAUGUCAUUGUUGAAAAGCCAGCAGUUAUAAGCGCACCACAAAUGAGAGCUUUGGUGGAUUUAGCACAUUCUAAAAGACUUUUCCUUAUGGAAGCCAAAUGGACUAGAUUUUUCCCAAUGUUACAAGAAAUCAGUCAAAAGCUUCACAGUGGUGUCAUCGGUGAUAUCAAAUUAGUACAAGCUGACUUCGGUCAGACAUUCGUCGGUUUAUCCCCUGAACAUAGGAUUUUCAACAUUAACCUCGGUGGUGGUAGUAUUAUGGACCUUAUGCCAUACCCAUUGAUCUGGGUAUUCAGUGUUUUAUAUUACCACCCAGACAACAAGCUCGUUAAACCUGAAGUUAGAGGUGCAAGCUGUAUCAAAAACAAAUAUGGCGUUGAUGAAAAUACUCACGCUUUACUCAAGUUCCCAGGUAUAAACGCUGAUGCAGUUUGCACAACAAACAUCAACAUUGGAUCAGUCUCCACUUUAACUGUUAGAGGUGAAAAGGGUGAAUUAAUUAUUCACGACUUACCGUUAUCAAGACCACAAUCAUAUGAAAUCAGGUUGAGAGAUGUCAACCACCCAAGUCCAGACAAUCAAGCAAGAAAGGUGGAGAAGUUCAACUUCCCAAUUCCAAACCACGGUAUGCACUGGGAAGCAGAUGAAUGUGCUAGACUGAUCCAUAGGGGUGAACUACAAUCAAGUGUUGUUCCUUGGUCAGACAGUUUACUUUCUGCGGAGAUACUUGACGACAUUAGAAAGAAAGCUGGUAUUAACUUCCCAGAAUCAAUUCAAACAGUUUGAUAUUUUUGUACAACUAUCGAUUUCUUUUGAUUAACCGAA